AUGUCACGAUAUCUUCGGCCGUUGACCGAACCCUCCUCACACAAAUACAGACAGUAUCUUCCCCUCGCGACCAGCACACCAAGAGGAAGCGUCAGUAGCCAAGGUAGUCUAUCCGACACACCGCCAGUAUCUCCCACAUCUGCGGGUCCUUUCCGAGGUCUGUCCAACAAAGCCGGGGUACGUCGAAGGUCUCUUUCAUGGCACGUCAGGCUAUUGGUCUUGCUGCUUGCUUUCGCCUAUGCAGCGCACACUGCUGUCCAACACUUUUUCCGCACUUCACCAGAAGCCUCCGAAGAAGCUAGAACCAAAAUGCUCGACCUCCUCAAUCAGCAGCUCGCAACCUCCUCAUAUAUCCAAAAGACAUUCUCGAGCAAUGCGCCUCAGAAUGCAGCAACGUCAGUACACCGUCUCUUCCACGACAAAUCACCAGGCGUCGCCUCGAGGGAAGUGCUCCCCAUCCGUGCCUACGACGCGCUUAGCGACGAGUGUAUCGAGCACUGGGUCGUACAUCAUCGCUGGGGUGCUGCCUGUCGUAGCACGGAUCUCAGUGAUGGGCUGAAGAUCGACGCGGUUUGGGCCUGGGUGAAUGGCAGCGAUCCUGCGCAAGUGCUAGCCAGGAAUGCGUACAAACCCUCGUCUCCGAUCAAUGUCGACGCUGCACAUCGCUAUACGGAUCACAACGAGCUAUUGUAUUCGAUGAGAUCAGCAUACAAGUCCUUUGGAGCAAAUGCGAUCCGCAAAAUGCAUGUCAUGGCUUCUGCAUAUCCUCUGCCCGAGGAUGCUGUGGAUCAGCUAACAUUGCGGGGCGAAGAUGCACGAAUCAUGAUUGGCCAGGUGCCGUAUUGGCUAAAUACGUCCGCCUCGCUUGUGUCAGAUGACAUGAAGAUCCAAGUCCACCACGAUGCGGCUUACUUUCGUCCGAUGCAGCGCCUCAGCGAUAACCUGCUCACAUCGAAAGAUGUCGAUGCGUGGCGUUCAGAGACGCUCCCCAGUUUCAACAGCCUCGCCGUCGAAUCGCAACUUUUCAACCUUCCCGACGCAUCCUCGGAUCAGCUCGUCUAUCUAAACGACGAUUUCUUCACAAUGGUCUCCAAUGAGGUAUCGGACCUCACUUCUCCGCUCUUUGGUACCGUCGUCAAGAGCGACACGCGCCUCUUCUCCUUCUACCGUCCGUCGGAACAUCCUUUCCAACGACUGUGGAAUCCAGCUGGCGAAGAAGUCGGAAUUAAGCGGGCAGCAUGGAUAUUGGGGCAGAGAUUCUCGAUGCGUACCCUGCCUUACAUUACACAUCAUCCUCGCAGCCUGUCUUUGCCUUUGCUUAAGGAGGCGGCGCAAACAUUUCCCGAUGCGUUUUCAAACACGACGCUAGCAAGAUUCCGAGCGCAAAAGGAGGUUCCCGAUUCGAUCCAAGCCUUCUUCUUGGCCAGCUGGUACAUAGUCGAACGACAUCGAGAGGCUCUGUUAUGGACAUGGGUGGUCGCAAAAUGGGGUGGAGAAGACGGUAGCCUCUCGAGCGAUACGAAGCGAGCAAUGUGGGAAGAGCUCAGCAAGGCAUCAGGAGGAGAUGCGGGGGACAAGAUUGAUGUUCGACGACCGAUUCGUCAGUCCAGAGAUGCUGAUUCGGAAUCCUUUGAACAGGCUGGUGUUCCUGCCCCCAAGAACACGCAAUACUCGUUCUCGUCACAGGAUGGUUAUGCGCUCUCCUAUCUCGACUGGACCUGGCCCUGGGAGCGCACUCGAAACGGAUACCCUGACCUCAGCGGCGGCGAAAACGGAAGCAGCCGCGCGCAUCCUAGAUCGUGGUUUGCCUCUGCAGAGAGCACCUCGCGCAAAGUGUGCCACAUUUCGCUUUCACAGUGUCUCUCACCAAGCAUCGACAACGAGACGGCAGAUGGAUUGUUCAAACGGAUCGCAUUCGAACAGCCGCAAUGUGGCGACUGCUUGGUCGCCGCUCUCCUCAACGCCUCUGGCCGCAAAGGAAUCUCUGCCUUCCUUCCACCCGCCACCGCAACCAUCCGUGUCGACCCCACCUUUUCCGAGGUGAACUCCAAGGCCCACCUUCCACUCACCUCCCAUUGGCAGUCCACAGACUUUUCCCUCUCAUCCAUAUUCCCCCUCGAUCCCUCUGGAUCAUCACUCUCCCUCCGAACGUGGUGCACUCGCCUCAUCCAACGAUACUCGUACGUCCUCGGCUCUACGCCGUCCACGUUCUAUAAGGUGGAAUACGCUUCCCGCCUCCCGCAUCAGCUCCAAGCCGUCGACGACACACUCACCACCGUCACCCCUACAACCUACGUCUGCCUCAACGACGACAUCAAGGAGUCUGAAUCGGGCACAGAGAAGCUCAACUCGAUCAUGCACGAUUGGUUCGCCAGCCACUGGUCCGAAAGGAUUCCUGGCGAGAUUGAUUUGUAG